CACAAGAAUAUUUAAUAUUAAAAAUAAAAAUAAAAACAUAUAACUACUAAAGUCCCUUUAAAAUGGAAGCCAAACAGGAUGACAAUCAAUUCGUUAUGUCCGGUGUUAGUGAUGCCGAACGCGAUUUCGGUCACAUAUCAUCAAUGUUGCGUUGGAAAGAGACGCGCUUCUUCGGUCCUUCGCCACGCAGUUUCUACAACGCUGCCGAUUUCUUCAUGGAAUAUGCCACGCAUCGAGUAAUGGUGCGUCUGCAACGUGCCGAUGUAAGCUUAAUCGGUUAUGCUGAAUUCAGUUAUUAUCCGCCGUUGAGUGCGCUGCCGCCCGACUGUUGGAUGCACUGGUUGAAACAUCACUUUUGCCUUAGCAAGGAGUUUCCACUCAAUUGGGGCGACACAAUGUUCUUUACGCGCUUCAUCUUUAACCCGCGGCAUAACCCUAUGCUUUUGCAACGCAUUCUCAUCGAAAUUUUUCAUCGGGAAUUUAAAAUUCGUUACAUUGUGAUACUGCAAAUGCCGGAGGAUCCCAAUUUGGCGCCGGAAGACACACCUUGCUAUGACACACUGCAUGGUUUCACCACAGUUUUGUAUCCACGCGCUUUCAGCGUAAAGAAUUGUCGAAAUGUUCAGCGCCUACAUAUAAUCCAUCGGAAUCGUGUCAUUGAACGCAUGCGUUACCGGAAAGCCUUACCCGAGGACAAUGACGAUAUCGUUGAAGUGAUUGAUGUGGAUCGUCCGGACUUACGUGCAGAAUAUGGUGACUUUUAUAUUGCUGAAGAAUUGCAAAAAGAAAUCGAUGAAAAUGAUAAGAAUAAUACUUUUAUUGUUUGUGAACUGCAACAUCAAACGGUCGGCUUUAUUUGGCUCAACGACGAUGUCAGCAUACUAACCUUAGUUGAGAAUUUCGAAUGCGAAGGCUUUGGUAACAUGAUCAAAUAUAAUAAGGAUCAACCUUAUUGUGAGAAGCGUUUAAUAGUUACUGGCGUUGAGAAAAAGCCACCCUCAAAGCUCUUCACAACGGAGGUGGUCGAAGAAAUAUAUGAACAAGAUUUGGAGCGAUUAAUUUCGACUUCGAAAAAUUCCGAUUCGAGCAAUCAAACCUGUUCGCGUCCAACAUGUCCGACCACGAAAGGCGAUAAUAUAAUCUCCACCGUACGACGUCCCGAGGGUGCUAAUAUUAAUUACGGCAUAAACGAAACGAGUGUGAAAUAUUUUUUCUUGCGUGAGGAGUUCUUUCGGAAAAUGGAAUUAAUCAAUAUGUAUUUCAAAAAUCCCGAACACUAUCAAACGAGUUUUCGUAAACGCUUACGCAUUCGUUAUAAUAUACCCGAAGGGUAUGACGAAGUUGAACAGGGUGAAUACCCAUUCGAUAGACAUUCCAAUGUGUUCGCCAUUAAAUUGCUGGGUAUUAACGAGACGACUGAUACUCGCUUUGCUUCCCGUUUCAUUGCGACCGCCUUCACAGCGCAUCCAGAGCGUGAUUAUUGUCUUAUAUCCAUACCGAAUAAGAUAAAGAUAUCGAGAAGUGUUGAAAUGUUACUGGGAUUUUUUGUGACCCUCGUUCCACGACCCGGCACUCGUAUUGAUGACACCGUAUACAUCAUAAAUCGUAGCACAAUUUUCGGUCAUAUGGGUGUAAUGAACUUGCUGCCCGAAGAUGUGAUCGUUAUCGAGAGAAUCUUGGAGAAAUCAACCGCAAUGCUCAAUAAACGCGCCUCCACGUACACGGUUUAUGGGCUUAAGCAAUCAUUUUUCCUACCACCAGAAACCUGUGCGGAAGCCGCACUAGUGAGCCAAGUUAUCUCAGAUGUCUUUGAUAAUCCAAUGAGUGAAUUUCAUUUUCUAACAAUUCGCUGCGGUGAUUCGAUGCGUUCGAUGGAGAAUAAUGUCAUCGUGGGCUUUGUUAUAGUGAGACCUUUCUUUCGCUUACAAGAGCUGGACUAUAAAUUUGUUUUCUUACGUCGUGAAGGCUCUUUCAAGAGUAUUCCCGGCGAGAUUGUAUUACUGCGUCUACAUCCGAACUAUCACUGUGAAUCGGAUGCCAUAUUUAGACAAAUAUCCUGCGUCACGGGCUACUGGGAGUUCUACUAUGCGGCGACAACUAUGACUCACAUCAAACCCUUAACCAAUGAUUUGGUCAAGCAAAUGCAACCCAUUCAGCCGCGAGCCAUCGCACAAGUACACCGCCGCAAAUACAACAAACCAAAGACGAGAACAUCACAACGGCUCAGUGAGCAAUUGAAUAAUUCAGAGGAGAAUAUUGCACUUUACCACCACAAUCUGCUACCAUCAAAGGCAUAUGGCAAUCACGAGCCGAUCGUUAUAAUUGGCUUCAAUAGUUUGACACGAGCACUGCUGCGUAUGUUGCUCUUCAGCUUUCAGAAAUCGAACACAAUGAACUGUCACUGCUGCGUGCCGCGGCUACGUGUCAUCGUCGUUGCUAAAAGAGGUCUUGUGGAGAGCGCCUAUGACAGUGAUUUCGAAUGUAGCAUUUGUGUGAAUCAGAAUGACUGUUAUAUUAAUUUUGAGAAUGCAAAUAGUUUCAUACGAGACACUACGCGUUGCAUGGAUUUUCGGAAGUACGCCUCAUUUGUUAGUUCAACGGUGAAGAAGAUCAAAAGAGAAGACAAAACCAUCGUGCUGGCCAACGGUUGUGAACUGUACUAUGGAAAACUGGUUUUCGCUAUGAGUCAACGUUUCGGUGUACCACCGGCCCUGCAACGAGAGCAACUACCCGCCAAUUACAUACACAUUAACAAUCGUUUCGACAAGAUCACCGCCUAUCACAAACUGGAGGCGAUACGAAAUGAUAAAAACUCGAAUGACAUCAAUAUCAUUGUAUUCGGUUCACGUUUGAGCGCUUACGAGUUCAUCAAUUUCCUGGUGACACACAAAAUACCACCACAAGCCAUACGUUUGGUCUUACCGUACGACAAGCGCACCUCCGAUGCAUACUUACAGCAUAAUAUCUCGAAUAUGGAUGUUAAUAUCGAGUUGAUAUUGCAAGGCAUGGUGGAGGAUAUGGGCGUGAAGGUGGAGUCGUACUGGAUUUUGAAGAAAUGGAUUUACUACUUUAAUGAGAAAAUCAUAUCACAUGCAGCUUUCGAACAUUAUUCGAAUGGUACUCUAAUGACUUUGCCUUGUGAUCUCUUCGUCAGCUUUCAUACGCAUGUCAUCGGCACAGAGGUUAUCGAUUUAAUGGAAAACACGGGCAUCGAAAUGGAGGGCUUGUCGGUUUUAAUCGAUGAGGAGUUUCGUACCAGUGAUCCUUAUAUUUUUGCUGUUGGCAAUUGUACGCGUCUAAGAACAGAACCGAAUCAUCAGUACAAGCAUGUGGCCAAAGAUGAAAUUGCGAUGAAGUUACUUCGCAGCCUCGAUCUCUACGAGGAUCUAGAGCCUGAAUAUUCAGAGAAAUACUUGAGACCAGUUUACUAUCAAGCACAAUUACCAUUAGGUCAUCACAUGGCUAAAGCGAUCUUGCCCAAACGCUAUAUAGCAAAUCAUUUGGAUAAUACCUAUCUACUCACACUCGUCACCUAUGAUGGUAAUUUCUCACGUGUACGCAUCAAUGAACAUGGCAUUGUAGUGGAGAUCACAUGCGUCACCAAAAAGAAACGCAGUUUUGAUCAUCUGCAAUAUUUUGUUGGUCACCACGAGUCUUUACUAAAUGAUUUGCACUCACGUUGGUAUCUGCAUGAGAUCACCAGUUUUGUGGAUUUCUUCGAAGAACCUUGGACCGAGCUGAUCAUGCAUCGCAACUUUGAUCAUUUACGCAGCAGAAUUCGUUUGACUUGUUUAGAAGUGGCUAAAGAAAUUUUAAAUAUGGACAUAGGCCUCGAUCGCAGCGGUCGCAAGCAACUGAUCAAACAACAGAUGGCCGAUUCGGGCUGUACGGAUGAGGUUGAGAAAACUUUGUUGCGCUUUCUGCGCAAGCAUCGUGAUGAUUUCAUAUAUCCUUUCGCACUGCCAGAGGACUUCCAUUUGAAUAUCGCCAGCAAAUUGAAUGUUUGAAUAUUUUUUGCAUGAUCUUUUUGAAUUUUUUGUUAAUAAUAAUCUUUUUCUUUUAUAUGUA